GCGAAAGACAGGUGGGUUUGACCCUUCAGACUAUUCGGGUUUUGGUGCACAGGGAUUUGUGGCAAUAAUUACACCCGAAUUGGAUUCGUUUGUCAUUGAAUUGAUCGCGCACCCGUUUCAAUGUCAUAAUGGACAGGUUGCAUUCGUCCAUGCGUAAAAGGCUCUACAGUUUGCCACAGCACAUCAUGGGUGAUGCAGAAGACACCGACAAGGACACCCGGAGGAAGAGCAUCCGGAUGAAGCCCCUGCCUUCCGCCGGAGCCCUCGGGGAGACCAGAAGUGGAGAGUCCGUGAUCAUGGAGACGGACAUCGGGAGACCCGUGAAGACCAGCUCCAACGGGGACUGCCGGAGGUUCCGAGGGAGCCUUUCGUCCAUCAGCAGUCGGCACGUCCACGACUCGGAUGUAGCGGAGGAGAGGCGUCUGAUCACGGAGGGAGAAGUCACUCCGAGCGAGGAGAGCCCUCCUGGAGCCGCGGGUGGCGGCGCGGAGCCCGGCGGCGGCGGGGGAGAGGAUGCCGCCGGUGCGAGCCAGCAGCAGCAACCGGGCGUCCCGGAUCAGCAGGCUGGCUUUAUAAAGCUGGAGGGCAUCGAGCAGAUCCUGCCGGACGACGAGAGGUUUUAUCAAGCGGGCUUCAUGCACAGGCAGUUCGGGGCGAUGCUGCAGCCCGGGGUCAACAAGUUUUCCCUGCGGAUGUUUGGGAGCGAGAAGGCGGUGGAACGGGAGCAGGAACGGGUCAAAUCCGCCGGCUUCUGGAUUAUUCACCCCUACAGUGAUUUCAGGUUUUACUGGGAUCUCACCAUGCUCCUCCUGAUGGUGGGAAAUCUCAUCAUCAUUCCCGUGGGCAUCACCUUCUUCAAGGACGAGCACACGCCGCCAUGGAUCGUCUUCAACGUGGUUUCCGACACUUUCUUCCUCUUGGACCUGGUGCUGAACUUCCGCACUGGGAUCGUAAAGGAGGACAACGCGGAGAUCAUUCUGGACCCUCAGCAGAUCAAGAUCAAAUAUCUGCGCUCGUGGUUCGUGGUGGACUUCAUCUCCUCCAUCCCCGUGGACUACAUCUUCCUCAUUGUGGAGACGCGCAUCGAUUCGGAUUUCUACAAGACGGCGCGUGCUCUGCGGAUCGUACGCUUCACGAAGAUCCUCAGUCUGCUGCGACUGCUGCGGCUCUCGCGGCUCAUACGCUACAUUCAUCAAUGGGAGGAGAUUUUUCAUAUGACCUAUGACCUGGCCAGCGCAAUGGUGCGAAUCGUCAACUUGAUUGGAAUGAUGCUGUUGCUCUGUCACUGGGACGGCUGCCUGCAGUUCCUGAACGACACGUGGGGUCAGCAGUAUUCUUACGCUCUCUUCAAGGCCAUGAGUCACAUGCUGUGUAUCGGAUAUGGCAUCGGGCAGUACGGUGUGCCAGGCGAGUCCCUCAUGCCCGCUGCAUGGGCAGACCUCAGUCCCUUCCCUGAUGCCCACCUCAACAUGGGCAGAUCGCCACAUGGUGCACCAUCUGUUGAGAGACGAGGGAUGGAAAAAGAGUCCUUGCAUCCUUGUGUCUCUGUGAUCUUCUGGUCUGUAGAUGUGGUCUGGGUCCCUCCUUCAAUGGUAAAAAUAGGAGACACAGAGAGACGAGCGAAUGAUGAGAAAUACUGUAAUACUGAAGAGGAGACUGAUGAGUCUGAGCAUGCGGUGGGAAUCGAGCAUUUGGCUUAUGACUGGUUCGAAAACAUGUUCUCUGUGUCGUAUUGUGACACAUACGGAGCUCCUCUGAAGCCACAGACAUACAAGCAGGUGGAGCAGUACAUGUCCUUCCAUAAGCUGCCAGCGGACAUGAGACAGCGGAUCCACGAUUACUACGAGCACAGAUACCAGGGGAAGAUGUUUGAUGAAGAGAGCAUUCUGGGAGAACUGAAUGAGCCACUGAGAGAGGAGAUCAUAAACUUCAACUGUCGGAAGCUGGUGGCGUCUAUGCCGCUGUUCGCCAACGCGGAUCCAAAUUUUGUGACGUCGAUGCUCACCAAACUUCGCUUUGAGGUCUUCCAACCUGGAGAUUACAUCAUACGGGAAGGAACCAUCGGAAAGAAGAUGUACUUCAUCCAGCACGGCGUGGUGAGCGUCCUCACCAAAGGAAACAACGAGACCAAGCUGUCAGACGGGUCCUACUUUGGAGAGAUCUGUCUGCUGACUCGAGGUAGACGCACUGCCAGCGUCCGAGCCGAGACGUACUGCCGUCUGUACUCGCUGUCUGUGGACAACUUCAACGAGGUCCUGGAGGAGUAUCCCAUGAUGAGGAGAGCGUUUGAAACCGUUGCUCUGGACCGCUUGGACCGCAUCGGGAAGAAGAACUCUAUUCUCCAGCACAAGGUCCAGCAUGAUUUGAAUUCAGGGGUUUUGAACUACCAGGAAAGUGAGAUCAUCCAGCAGAUCGUGCAGCACGAUCGGGACAUGGCUUUCUGCGCCAAUCUGAUGCAGAGUCCAUCACCGCCUGCUCCUCCGUCCCCUACUCCCGUCAUCUGGGCUCCCCUGAUCCAAGCGCCUCUACAAGCUGCUGCCGCCACCACAUCGGUCGCUAUUGCACUAACCCACCACCCCCAUCUACCCGCCACUCUCUUCCGACCUCCGGUUUCCGUUCUCGGAUCGAGAAACGAGCCACCCAGCCAGCGUAAGAGGUUUCAGACGGACGCACCAAAAUUGGGAGGUUUCGGAUCGGCUGGUGACUCUCCAUCCGGUUCCCCAUCAAAGAUUCGUCCGGGAGUCGAUACGCCUCUUCUUGCAUCCCUCCGGAUGCAGCACUCAUCAGGCGCCACCGGUUCCAGCCAGCAAGCCGGAAUUUCAUUGUUCACAUUCGGAAGCUACUCUUCUUCACCGGCGCCGCCGACUUCUAGCACCGCACAGCUUCAUUCGCAGCCAAGACAAAAGCAAGCCGUCGCCCCCAGCACUCCUCCGCAAUCAGGACAUCUCCAAAAAGGGGCGUCGGCAGCUGGUGGAUUUCCAGCUGGGAUCCUGGCUACAACCUCAUCCAAUACUAGCCCUCUUUCCACGGGCUUGUUCAGUCACGCCCCCAGUCAGUUGUUGCACGGCCAACCCCCACCAAAACCCUCUCAAACGGGCUCCCUGCAGCAGUUUGCUACCGGAGGGGGCAAGACUUCCACUGGGUUGAACCUCUUCCACACUCCCCCACCCGAAUCGCCUUCGUCCAGCCGUUCCCAAGCACCCGAGAGUUCCACGUCAUCUCAGAUCCCGCCCGCUUUAUCCGCUUACCUUCCUUUAGAAAGGUCAGCGCUGGCCUCGCUCGCUCAGUAUGGCUCAGCGAACACCUCGCCGUGCUACACCCCUCUGGCCCCAAGUCCGACCAUCCAGAGCCCUGUCACGGGGAGAACUUUCCACUACAGUGACCCUUCCAGCGCCGCCGGCUCUCACACCUCCCUGCUUCUCCCGCAGUCCUCAUGUCCCGGCCAACUCCCGGGUCACCACUCUUCCGGCACAGACUCUCCGUUGGGCCGCUUUUAUGAGGAUUUGAACAUACUGUCCAGCUCCCCCCCUGUAGAGGCAGCGGGUCAGUCUUCCCCUUGGGAGCCCGGUUACUGCCUCUCCCCGUAUUCAUCCCCGACGCUAACCCCCAAACCCUGUAGCUCGGUAUCAGGGCACAUGGUCGCCCCCAUACAGACUUCUCCGGGCUCUCGAGGCCAGGCUCAUUCUAUAGGGACGUCACCUGCACUUUCUCUCUCCGACAGCCACCUGUCCGAACUAGAACCGCUCCGUUCGAAACUCCCUUCCAAUUUGUGAAGCUAAA